GGGGAAAAAACAAAACUCUCGCAUGUGUAAGACAGUAUUAUAUUAUGAGGUAGAGAGAGAGAGAGACGGGAAAGUAGAGAGAGAUGAAUAAUAGUAAUGGUAGGACGAGCGCGGAAUGCAUCAACAAUUGCAGAGGGGAAGUAGGGAAGGCGUUGAUAGUGAUGAUAUGUGGGAGCCUGGUAUACUACCACUGCGCGUACCGGAACUCCAGCCUCCUCUCCCUUGUCUCCGACGUUUUCAUCGUCCUUCUCUGCUCUCUCGCCAUCCUCGGCUUGCUCUUCCGCCAGAUGAACAUUUCGGUGCCUGUGGAUCCCCUUGAAUGGCAAAUCUCCCAGGAUACCGCUAACAGCAUGUUUGCAUGCUUGGCUAAUACCAUAGGCGCAGCUGAGUCUGUUUUAAGGGUUGCAGCAACCGGGCAUGACAAGAGGUUGUUUCUUAAGGUGGUUGUCUGUCUUUAUAUGCUAUCAGCUUUGGGAAGGCUGGUCUCAGGUGUUACCAUUGCUUAUGCCGGAUUGUGCUUGUUUUGUCUCUACAUGCUUGCGGAAAACUCACAAUUGAUCAGUGCAUGCUUAUCGCCGUUUGUAAGGAGAAGAGAUGGCACAAAUGAAGUUCAGGAUAACAUUUAGAUUGCAUGCUUUAGUUACUGUACAUCCAAUUUUAGUAUAUUCAAAUUUGGCUGCUUGGCUAGUUGUAGCUUUUUAUUGCUUAUUUGUGAAUGACGUAAAAUUUCGUUCAGAGAACAAUUUUGCUGUAGUUUAUACCUCCCAUGUUUCUAGAAAACGUUUUUUUGUUUGUGUGUUUGCUUAACAUGCAAGAACCACUCACCAAGCAGCACUGCACAAGAUGAUCUUGUGACUGUAUAAGAGCAAAAAGAAUUUGAGAAGCCAGUAGCUAUGUACUUGUUAUCUACUCUGUUCUUCGUAAAAUGCAAUUGUUUCUCGAGUGUCUCGGUGACUGUCUGAGUGUUGUAA